AUAUUUGACAUUUCUUAAAAGAUUCUUGGUAGUUGUGAUUAUUUUGUAUAGUUAAUUUGAUUUCGUAAUAUUUUGCUUCCUAAUCAUAAUCUUUUACAAAGAAGUGACCAUUAUACCUAGUCUUUGUUAUAUAAAUUGAUAUUGGAUAUUUUUCCGAGUGUUUUUAUACAAUAUAUUAGUGUUAAUGCCUCAAUCAGAAUACUGGCCGUUUAACAAAGGGAAGACAGCAGAAAAUGUUGAAUGCAACGAUGAAGCUUCAAUUUUACAAAAACAACUGGGGGAUAUGGAGGGCGAGGUUAAAUCGAUACAAAUGGAGUUAGCAGCAAUUAGACGAAAUAGAAUGGAUUUAUAUGCUCGUAUGCAUUCCACAGCACUUGUUUCGGAUACUGAAGAAGUAAUGAAGAUAGAGCAACAAGAAUCAAACCUGUUGGAGGAAGACUCUAUAAUAUAUCCAGAAAUUGCAAAACUUCGAGAGGAAUUAAUAAAGGCCAAAAAUUUAGCUGACGAAGAACGAUUUCAGCGAGAGAAAUAUGAAGCCAAAUUGAAAGACCUGGAACUAAAACUUAACAACAUUUGCAGUGCUGGAAUGAUAGCUGAAAUUAAGGAAUCGAAGAAAUCUUCCGCAGAAGAAUUGACAGUGUUAAAAACACAAGUGCGUGAUAUGCGAGAAGAAACAGAAGAGCUUAAGAUUACUCUAGUUGAAAAAUCUGAACAGUUACAGGAAUAUCGUAUUAAGUAUCUUCAAGCUCAGCAACGAGUUGAAGAGCUCAAGCGUCAGUUAGAUAUUAUAGAAUUCGACAACAAACAAGUAUCUGAUCAAAUACAAAUAGAAAUUCAAAAAAUGAAGAUGCAAUUCCAAGAAAAGUUGCAAGAGCUGGCUCCUUUGCCAGAUUUAUUAAAAGGAGCUCAAAUACAACUGCAGGAGGCUAAGCAACUGCAGCGAUUAGCCGAAGACAGCUCGGAACAGCUUUCUAAUGAAUUACUUCGAGUAAAGGAAAAGUUAGUCAUAGCUGUCAAUAAUCUAAAUCAGGAGAAGGUGGAAAAAUCCAAACUCCUUGAUGAGAACAAAUUUUUGAGAGCAGCCCUUGAAGACAAAAAUAAGGAAGUCGAUGAAGUGACAAAAAAGUCGGAUGAGUACAAAUGUAAAGCAUUGAGGAUCGAAGAGAAACUGACACAACAAGAAAUAAGGUACAAAGAGAAGGCUACCGAAUGCGCUCAGCUUCUGAAGGAUUUAGAAGAAUCAAGGAUUGAAAACAGUCGAUCCUUGGGUCGUUGUAAGGAAAGGGCAGAUUCCAUGCGCAGAUACUUACAAACGCAAAUUUCAGAACUAGAACGUCAGUUAAUACAGAGCCGAGCUCACUGUCGAGCUUGCCAAAAAGAGAGGGACGAGAUCCGUCAACGAAUGCAAAUACAAAUAAACAAUUUGCAAGAAAACUUCGAAUUAGUAGAGAUUAGACUUCGUGCUCUCCAAAAUCAAGUAACAUCUUUGAAAAACAGUUACACAAUAAUACUGGCCGACAAUGAAGAAAUAACAGAAUUAAACAAGAUUAAUACUACUUAAAUUGAAUGUGCCUCGUUUCCCAGAGCUUUGUGACCGAGUAUCCAUGCAACCAUGUUGCUGAGAAAAAAAAGGUGAAAGAAAAAGUAGCACAAUAAUCUCUUUUUAAAUUUGAAUAUUAUUAACAAUCGUCGACGUAGUUACAUACUAAUUCCAUUUAAGCUAUUAAAAUUAUUUUCUAUACUAACAGAAAUGUACAAAAAAAUUUUAUGUCUUUACAAUUUAUUAUUAAACUGUUCAUGUGUCUGAUGUAGUGCCUAA